GAUUUAGUGAAUGAAAAACUGAAGACACAGCAGAUGAAUAAUGAGUUAGAAAAACUUACACAUGAACUUGAAAAGAUAGGUUUAAACAAGGAACGUCUCUUACAUGAUGAGCAGAGUACUGAUGACAGUAAAUACAAACUUUUGGAGUCAAGGUUAGAGUCCACACUGAAGAAAUCACUUGAAAUAAAAGAAGAAAAAAUUGCUGCUUUGGAAGCUCGAUUAGAAGAAUCAACAAAUCUAAAUCGACAGCUGCGUCAAGAGCUUAAGAUAGUAAGUUAA